AUGAAAACAGAAAGAAGUGCCUUAAUGGCAUCUCCAAAGAACAAGGAAUUUGAUGUUUCAGAUGAUUUUGUGAAGAAAUCGAAUGAGAAUUACAAGAAUUAAUAAAAAGAAUUAGAGAAACUGCAUUCAGUUGUUGGAAAUAAGGAAGAUUAAAUAAGAAAACUAUAAGAUCUAGUAAAGCUGCAACAAAAAGAGAUUGAUCGCUUAACUCAUAUAAAUGAAUAUUUGAUGUAGGCUAAUUAGACCAAAUUGAGCAUCUUAAGGGAUGAGAGACAACUAAAUCAAGGAAGUAAAUAAAGUAUGAAAAAUAAGAAUCAUAAAUCUUUAAUGCCUCUAGAGAAAAAGAUUAUUAAACUACCAGAAGAUAAUACACAAUCAAUUAAAUUAUUCAGAAGAUCAACAUUUCGUAAUCCAACAUUAAUGAAAUUCCAUCAAGAGGAAGGAGACACUUUUAAGAGCGAAAGGAAUACUUCUGGAUCCUCUAAUUUUUAUGAUAUUCUACAACAGGAGGAUUGCUUCAGAACUAAUGCUAUUUUAAAUAUCUAAUUAUCUGAUGAGGAUGCAACUACUCAAUACAAUCAAGAUGGGACAGUGUCAUUAAUGAAAGUACUUUUGGAUUCAGAAGAGGUCUUUAAUGAAAUCAUCUAAUCAAUAUCUGCUUAGAAGUUGUCGUUUCUAUUUGAUAAAUUUAAAAGAGUCAUGUCAGAUCACUAAUAAUUAUUCCUAUUAGUCUUGAGAUUAAAGAAGAUUGUAACUGGUGCUUUACAAAUGAAUACAUCUGUCCUUCUGGAUGAUGCAUUACAAAACAUUAUAGAUAAAUGUGUUGAUUGUUUGGAAUGUGAUAGAGCUUCAUGUUUCAUUGUAGACCAAACUAAAAAGGAAUUGUGGACUAGAGUAGCCAAAGGAACUUCCACCACUAUUCGAUUGCAAAUUGGAUAGGGAUUGGCUGGUUUUGUUGCAUAGAAUCACACAAUCUUGAAUAUUGAGGAUGCUUACAGAGAUUAAAGAUUUAAUACACAAUAAGAUACAAAAAACAAUUACAAAACUAAGACACUUUUAGUCUCUCCAAUUCUAGAUGGCGACAAAUGUGUUGGUGUGCUUCAAUGCGUCAAUAAGUCUAAUGGAUUCUUUACUAAAGAUGACGAAGCAUUACUAUAAAUAAUGGCUGAAUUUAGUAAGAGUGUACUUAAGAAUGCUUUGAAUAAUGAUGCCUAGAUACUUAUUUAGAAUAAACUCAGACAUAUCAUCAAAACAGGAGUCAUUUUACAAGGAAAAUAAGAUAAUCUCUUAGAAUUAUUGCUUUCUUCUGAAGAGCGUCUUCGUUCAUUAAUGAAUGUCGAUUAUGCAAAGGUUAUUUAUUGGGAUAACUGUUUGUAUCAUGUCAAUAAGGAUGGUAAGAUGACAGAGACUUAGAAUCUAUUAGGAAUUGUAGGAAAAUGCAUUGAAGAACAAUAAAUAAUGGCUGUAACUAAUUGCUACAAUAGUCCAAUAUUCAAUCCAAAUAUUGAUAUAGAAACUAAUAUGCCAAUAAUUUGCAUGCCUUUGAAAACAUAAAGUCAUUAAAUUAUUGGAGCCAUCCAAGUAAUCAAUGUUAAGGGUAUUGGAAAUAUUUCUUCACAUAGUGAUACCAAGAUUAAUCCUAUAGAUCUAGACAUGCUGGAGCUUUUCUGUUAGCUUUGUUCAUAAUCUUUAUUGCAAUGCAAAAUACACAAAUAAUAAUUAUGA